GCGCGUUUGUGGAAACAGCAGAAAGUCAACACGUCGUUAGAUUAAUUAUUAGGGGUGUCGUGUGAUAAGACAUACAGUAGCCUACUGUUGUGCCAUACCAUUGUGGAUUAGGCAAGUUCGUUUUCUGCUUUCACCAUGGCAGAUCCAGUUGAAAUUGAAUUUAAAAAGGAAACUAUAAACAAGCUUCUGACUAAAUCGUUCAAAGACAGCAAAACUAAAGUGAGCGGCGAUGCUGUCCUUCUGAUGUGUGACAUCUUAAAAGUUUUUGUUGAAGAGGCUUCUCGAAGAGCUUUGAAACAGUCCACUGCUGAAGACAGUGAGAAAGUGGAUGUGGAGCACUUUGAGAAGGUACUGCCACAGCUGGUCGCCUGGAGUUCACGCAGAUCGCACUUCAAGAGUGGCCCGAAAUCUGAGCAGCUCUAUCUUCUUCCUUCAUCUCUGCCCGAUUGCGCACACGCUGCCAGGAUCUUAACGGAAGAGCGCCUCUAGAACAAUGUAAAAACAGCCCAACAUCUCCGUCUGGUCCCUCCCGCCUGCCGCUUUGCCACGGCCCAGCUGAGUAAACUACUUAAGUUCAGCCCCUGCGGCCCACUAAUGCUGGAGCUGGAGAUGCUGAAGAAUGUGGGAGCGAUGGAGAUAGACAAACAGCGUAGCAUUUAUAUUGCCAGACUUCCUUUUGUUAUUCCAUCCUUCGUUUGAAGUCGGGUGGAGGAUAAAUACUUUUUAGUGAACUUCGGUUUCCUUUUUUGUUGUUCUUGAUAUUUUUUUUCCCUCUCUCAGUCUUUCCCUGUGUCUCCCGCUUUCUGCGCUGCCCCUAAGCCCUCCUCACCCCACUCUCCUCCCCAUAAAAAAAAGGUUCCCGUUCAUCUCUUCUCCGAUAAAAUCAGUUGGACAGCGUUAACACACAACCCUUGCUGACACUUGACUUGAGACUACUGAACGCAUAUUCACACCAGUGACCUGUGCACUCACAGAUGCACACCAGAGGACAUAAAAAUCCCAUCAAAGAGAUAGAAAUGUACACAAAAACGGGACAGACCGCAGAACCUAGACGCACACCAGAGACUAUUGAACACCCAGCUGCAACCGCCACACAAACAUCACUGGAGACUAGAGUACAUCCUCACAUUGGAGACACAGCGUUGAAUGAAACGCAUGCAGCAGGUAUAUUUGAAAACCUGAACACAAAAAGCACAUGUACAGUAACCUAGAAAAGUUUGAGCAACCAAGAUUUCUAUAACUGUCAAUCAGGGGCAUUAUGCAAGUUAAAUUAUUUGGUGGGAACAAUUCAAGUGUGUGUAUGUGUGGGGAAGGGUGGUUGAAAAGAAUAAUAAUUAUGAAAUUAACAAUUUUUUUUACACCACAGUUUUGCUUUGAUUU